AUGUCUUCUGCAAAUCGAGGACCAACAGGCGGAAAAAAUCGGCGCAAGCGCUCAAGAGAACCGGAAGAUCUUCCCUCUGGACUCGGUGCACCUAGUCCGGCGGGUGAUAUUAGAUCUUCACCACCAGCAUACCCAAUCCAACAUGGUGGAGAUGAUGACGAUGAUGUAGAAGAAGAUGUUGAGCUUGCCCUUGACAUCGAUGAUGCAGACGAGAUGGCUGAAGAUGAGGACGGAAUUGAUCUUUUUGGCGGCAAUUUCGAGAAGGAUUACAAAUCUCGCGAAGAUGACCAAUAUGACGAUAGAGAUAUUGAUGACGACGGCGAGUAUGAGGAGCUCGAUGUUGCUGCUAGAAGACAACUAGACGCACGCCUAAACCGCCGGGACCGUGAGGUUGCCCGACAAAAUCGCAUGCCUGCAGCCUUCCUUCAAGACGAGGAUGAAGACGGUGAUCUAGAUCUCACAGCCCAACCACGACGUCGGCGCCAUCACUACGACGAAGACGAAGACGAAGAUAUGCAGGACGACAUUAUGGAGGAGGAGCUCUCGCUCGAGACGUUACAAGACGUUAAGGCAUCCAGCCUAGUCGAAUGGGUUGCUCAACCCGCUGUCCAGAGAACCAUCAAAAGGGAGUUCAAGGCUUUUCUGACCGAAUACACCGAUGAGCACGGAGACUCAGUGUAUGGGAAUCGGAUUAAAACUCUAGGAGAGAUCAAUGCGGAAUCCUUGGACGUCUCAUACGAUCACCUAUCUUCGUCGAAAGCCAUCUUGGCGUACUUCCUUGCAAAUGCGCCGGGUGAGAUGCUCAAAUUGUUUGACGAGGUUGCCAUGGAAGGCACACUUCUUCAUUAUCCUGACUACGAGCGAAUUCAUUCUGAGAUUCACGUUCGAGUAUCCGACUUGCCAGUUCACUACACUCUUCGUCAGCUACGACAAUCCCAUUUGAACUGCCUGGUUCGUGUCAGUGGAGUUGUCACCCGCCGAAGCGGAGUCUUUCCUCAGUUAAAAUAUGUCAUGUUCGAUUGCAGCAAGUGCCAGACAAAGCUUGGUCCUUUCCAACAAGAGUCCAACGUGGAAGUCAAAAUAACUUACUGCCAAAAUUGCCAGUCGCGCGGACCAUUCAACCUCAACUCAGAGAAAACUGUCUACAGAAACUAUCAAAAGCUUACCCUCCAAGAAUCACCCGGCACUGUUCCGGCCGGUCGCCUUCCUCGUCACCGCGAAGUCAUCCUCCUUUGGGACCUCAUUGACAAAGCGAAGCCGGGAGAAGAGAUUGAGGUUACUGGAGUCUACCGCAAUAACUAUGAUGCCCAGUUGAACAAUAAGAAUGGGUUCCCUGUAUUUGCAACCAUCCUCGAAGCCAACAAUAUCGUCAAGUCCCACGAUCAACUUGCUGGUUUCAGGUUGACCGAGGAAGAUGAGCAUCAGAUUCGCAACCUUGCACGCGACCCUCAGAUUAUCGACAAGAUUAUCCACUCUAUGGCCCCAAGUAUCUAUGGUCAUGCUGAUAUCAAGACUGCCGUUGCGCUUUCAUUAUUCGGUGGUGUCUCAAAAGAACGAACUGGUAAGCUCCACAUUCGUGGUGAUAUCAACGUACUGCUUCUUGGUGAUCCGGGAACAGCCAAAUCACAGGUUCUCAAAUAUGUAGAGAAGACUGCCCACCGUGCCGUCUUCGCCACCGGCCAGGGUGCAAGUGCUGUUGGUCUGACAGCUAGUGUCCGCAAAGAUCCGUUGACCAGCGAAUGGACACUCGAAGGUGGUGCUUUGGUGCUUGCCGAUAGGGGAACUUGCCUUAUUGACGAAUUCGACAAGAUGAAUGACCAAGAUCGAACAUCCAUCCACGAGGCCAUGGAGCAACAGACCAUUUCCAUUUCCAAGGCAGGUAUCGUAACGACCUUACAAGCUCGCUGUGGUAUCAUCGCUGCCGCCAAUCCAAUUGGAGGUCGAUACAAUUCUACCAUCCCGUUCUCACAAAAUGUUGAGCUGACAGAGCCUAUCCUUUCUCGGUUCGACAUUCUCUGUGUUGUUCGAGAUACAGUUGAUCCGGUUGAAGAUGAGCGACUUGCCAGAUUUGUUGUUGGCUCGCAUGGCCGAUCACAUCCAGCUAGCCAAGAUCUUGAGGAUGAAAAUGCCAUGGAUACGGAGCAGGAUUCGGGUACCCGUGGAGCUGUCAACGGCGGGGAACCCAAACAAGAAGGCGAAAUUCCCCAAGAGCUACUUCGGAAAUAUAUCCUCUAUGCAAGGGAGAGAUGCAGUCCCAAGUUAUACAAUGUCGACGAAGAGAAAGUUUCUAAACUCUUCGCUGAUAUGAGAAGGGAGUCGUUAGCCACAGGCGCUUACCCAAUUACUGUCCGUCAUCUCGAAGCUAUUUUGCGAAUCAGCGAGGCAUUUUGCCGAAUGCGCUUGUCAGAUUAUGUCUCUUCCCAGGAUGUUGAUCGUGCUAUUGCAGUAACAAUUGAGUCCUUUGUUGGAAGUCAAAAAGUCAGUUGCAAGAAGGCACUUGCUCGCUCCUUUGCCAAGUACACCCUAGCUAGACCAAGCGCUGGUAAGAAGAAUGGAGGUGGAAAGUUUGACCGCGGGAACAGAGCUGCGACUGCGGCUAUGGCUUGA